CAAGAUGGUGGCGCGCAGGAGGAAGCGUGCGGCGCAGGACUCCGAGCAGGCGAUUCCGAGCCCGCCCGGGUAUUCAGCCAUCCCGAUCAAGUUCUCGGAAAAGCAGCAGGCUUCUCACUACCUCUAUGUGAGAGAGCACAGAGUUCGAGAAGGCACCAAGUCUUCCUGGCCUCAGAAGCGGACCCUUUUUGUCCUCAACGUGCCCCCAUACUGCACAGAGGAGUGCCUGGCCCGCCUCCUCUCCCCCUGCGGCCAUGUCCAGUCCGUGGAGUUACAGGAGAAGCCGGACCUCACUGACCGCCGGAAGGAACCAAAGUCCAAGUUUUUUCAUCCCACACCCGUUCCGGGCUUCCAGGUAGCCUACGUGGUGUUCCAGAAGCCAGGUGGGGUUUCGGCUGCCUUAGCCCUGAAGGGCCCUUUGCUGGUCUCAACAGACAGUCACCCUGUGAAGAGUGGCGUUCACAAGUGGGUCAGCGACUACACAGACUCGGUGCCGGACCCCGAGGCCUUGAGGGUCGAAGUGGACACGUUCAUGGAGGCGUAUGACAAGAAGAUAGCGGAGGAGGAGGCUAAGGCCAAGGAGGAGGAAGGGAUUCCGGACGAGGAGGGCUGGGUGAAGGUGACCCGCCGGGGCCGGCGGCCCGUGCUACCCCGGACAGAGGCGGCGAGCCUGCGGGUGCUGGAGAGGGAGAGACGGAAGCGCGCCCGCAAGGAGCUCCUCAACUUUUACGCGUGGCAGCACCGAGAGACCAAGAUGGAGCAUCUAGCCCAGCUGCGCAGGAAGUUUGAGGAGGACAAGCAGAGGAUUGAACUGAUGCGGGCCCAGCGCAGAUUCCGUCCCUACUGAGCUGAGCCGGCCCGGGGGCCCCACGGAGCGGGGCAGCGAACGGUGACGGUGCGUGGCUGGCGAGGACAUGAAAGUCGGGAGCGCUCGCCCCAGACUGCCCGGGUCCCGGUGCCGGCGGCGCCUGCCCGCUGUGAGGGCUUGUCAGGACGCCACGGGCCCCAGGAGCGCCCGCUCCCUUCCGAUCUCUGUUCCCGGCCUGUCCCUGGACUCUCCUCUCGCCAAGUGUCUGCUGUUUUCUCCCCUUGCC